CUUCACUCACUGCAUCUCUUUCACAGAUGCCUGUGAUCUCACAUUCGACCCCAACACUGUGAAUGAAAACCUCGUCCUGUCUGAAUGUGACAGGAAAGUAAGCAGCACUGAGGAAAAGCAGUCGUAUCCUGAUCAUCCAGAGAGAUUUGACCAAGUGAAGCAGGUGCUGUGUCGAGAGGCUCUGACUGGGCGCUGCUACUGGGAGGUGGACUGGGAAGCGUUUGUGAAUAUUGGUGUUGCAUAUAAGAGCCUGCCGAGGAAGGGACGCUGGGACACAGAAAUUGACCAUACUGACAAGAGCUGGUGUUUCAGCAUCACCAAUUCAAACGGUUACUCCUUCCGACACGGGUUGAGGGAAACUUUUAUACCGGUCCCACACAUCGACGUCCAAGCAUUCCUGGCCAGACGCAGGAGACUGGGACUGUUUCUGGACUGGCCAGCCGGCACUCUGUCCUUUUAUUCACUUUCUGGUGACAAAAAAACUCUCAUUCAUACCUUCCACACCACGUUCACCGAGCCUCUCUACCCAGCAUUCAGUGUUCAUAGUGGAACUUUGACCUUGUGCAGGGUUGUGAAGCUGCAAAUGGAAACUGCUCGAUCAAGCUUCACACCUGAGAUGAGAAAAGAAAGAGCAGGCGUUUCAUACAGGUUCCUGUUUCCUGGUCCAGGGUUGUUCCAGUGUUCUUUGACUGGUCUGGUCUUUGAUGUGACUCGUGAGAGUGAGGUCACCUACAAGACUCUGAUCUGGGAUCCUCUGGUCCUCCAACCAGCGCACAAAGUGGCCGGAGGCCCGCUGUUCGGCAUCGAGUGUCUUCAGGACUCUAUACGUCAGCUGCACCUCCCACACUGUGAGCCUGAGCCGGCACUGGUCUCUGACAGCAUCUCUGUGGUCCACAUCACGGAUGAUGGCAUGAGCAUCAUACAGCCUCUGGAGAUCACUGAGACUCACGUGGUCGUGGACGUCCCUCACCUCUCCGCCUUCGGCCUCGUCUGGGAUCUCGUUGAGCGGUUUUUCAAUUACAUGACGAAACCCGUUCGUGGCCAAGUCCUGCUCUUCCUGAGAAACAGGCCACGCCCCAUCCUCAGUGUGAUGCUGCUCCCAGGAAACGUCCCUCUGCACGACGUGAAAGUGCAGCACGCUGCUUCAGAGCACAUCGAAGCGCCGUCCUUCUGUUAUUUCCACAAAGGUCAAAAGUACAGUCUGAGCAGCGCCCCGCACCACUUUAAAAUACAGCCUGCACGUGCAGAGUUUUUUGAAAAUUACGGACCAAAUUACCACCCGACCUUUGAGAUCAUCCUGACAACGAACGCAGAGGAAGUGAUGCUGAUGGUGCAAGAUCCCGAGGAGACACGAGUGUGGGAGCACGACCUUCAUCUGCCCGCUUCAUCCUCGGCUGACUCUCCAGGUGGAAGUCCUCUUCAGAUGGGGAACAGCGCCUCAGCAGAGAAGCUGCGACUCGCUCGCACAAACUUCGUCGAUAAAGUGUCGGAUCCGGUUCUGAACAAGCUGCUGGACGAGCUGCAGCACGUCACCGUGCUAACUGAUGCUGAGGGCGAAGCGGCCAGAGCCAAACCGAGAGGCGAGAAAGCUCGAGACCUGAUCGACAUGGUGCGAAAGAAAGGAGCUGAAGCAAGUUCAAAAAUGAUCGCCGUCUUUUACGCCAACGAUCCGUAUCUGUGCAAAGAGCUCGGCUUAAUGUGAAGCACAAAUCUGUGACACGAACAAAGAGACUCGUUGAACUAAAAUUUCCUUUCUUUCUUCUUAAAGUCACGAUUAUGUUUCCACUGAUCACACUUCUUAGAAAGCAGAUGAGCUUAGACGUGAGGGGAGACGUCCAGUAAAUAUCCAUAAAAGAAAAAUUCCAGUUUUUUCUGCAAAGAAUGUCUGAAAUGUAUUUUAUAAAUGUUAGUGUUUGUCAGACAGGAGGACAGAGAAAGUAGAAAGAGUGAGACACAGCUGCACUGGUGAAUGAUGUGAGCUGGACUCAGAUCAGUGAAGCCAGCAGAGCCUGUGGUCGUGAACCAUGCUUAUGUGGAAAUACAACACAAAGGUUAAUAAAAUGCAGCGAAGGCCUGCAGUGUUGAGUGUAACGUGUUAUUACUUGUGUUAUAAAGGUUCAGUUCUUUGUGCAGCAGGUGGAUGAAAAGAAAAAACCAUCAGCUGAGUUUUUGGGACUUUCAGUCUGAAUGAACAGGACGAUGCAGGAAGUGUGUUUUUCAUUGAAGUAUUAAGACUCGUAACACUAUAUAUGCAAAUGUUUCUAUACCUGUGAGCUGUGCUCUGUAAACUGACGCAAUAACAGUAUCAACACUUAAACACACGAGUUCCAAUAAAAAUGCUUUGAUUGUG